GCGUCAGAAUGUUGCGUCAUCACUCGCGGCGACAGACGAAGAAGAAAUAUGUCUGCUUGUCGAUUCUUCCGCUGCUUGUCUUCUAACUUUCCCAGCGCCUUUCCUUCACUAACACACGCUUCUCAUCGACUGUGUCCCAAAGCCUUCAUUCGGAGAAGUGUUUCCUCGUCGAGUCCAUCCUUAGCAGCGCUUAAAUUCACAGACAAGCACGAGUGGAUCCGGGUGGAGGAUGAUGGUGUUGGCACGGUGGGAAUCAGCAGCUUUGCUCAGGAAGCUUUGGGAGAUGUGGUCUACUGUGGAUUACCUGAGGUGGGGACGCAGCUGGCCCAGCAAGAUGAAUUUGGAGCUCUGGAAAGUGUCAAGGCUGCCAGUGAGCUGUUUUCUCCCCUGACUGGAGAGGUGGUAGAAGUAAACUCACUGCUGGCUGACAAACCGGGCCUGGUCAACAAAUCCUGCUACAAAGAUGGUUGGUUAAUGAAGAUGACCAUUGCCAAGCCCUCUGAGCUGGACUCUCUGAUGGACGAGGCAGCAUAUGAGCGAUACGUCCGCUCCAUAGAGGACUAAUUGAAUCCCUCUCCCCGAGUUUUCCUCUUCAGAUAACACUGGAAGGCAGUGUCUUUUUACAUCACCUUGAAACUGCGGUGCCACUUUGCUGCCCUGCCAGUGUUGUGCAAAUGUGAGCCUUAGGGAUCCUUUUAAAGGUGCUGAUCAAGAAACUUGCUUUAGGGAGCAACCAACGUUGAGUUUUUGCAGCAUCGACCCCCUCCUCAAAACAGGUGAGACUGGCACUCGAGUCAAUAUAAUUGUUCCAACAUAUUUCAGUCCUGGGGAAAAGCACUUUGAUUUGUAUGAUAUCAUCCAUGUCUGUUGAUGAUCUUUACAAUAAACACCAUUCAACUGUU